AUGAUAGGGCCCUGCGGUGCUUCCUUCAAAGCACGGAUAGGAGGACUGCUCAUUUGCCUGAGUAAAAGUAUCGGAGCGGUUGGUCCAUGGGCAGUGACGUCAGCGUCUUACAAAAACAGCGGCUGCAGGUGGGUGCUAAGACCCUGCGGAUCUCGCUCCGGCAGGGACGCAGUCUGUCCUCACUGGGACUCCUCUUCGCCUCCGCGCGGUGAUUGGGUGGAAGAUGGCGCUGGGCGAAUGGAAAUCCUAAUGACAGUUUCCAAAUUUGCCUCUUUUUGUACCAUGGGCGCCAAUGCCUCCGCUUUGGAGAAAGAGAUCGGCUCGGAACAGUUCCCUGUCAAUGAGCAUUACUUCGGAUUGGUCAACUUUGGAAACACCUGCUACUGUAACUCUGUGCUCCAGGCUCUGUACUUCUGCCGGCCGUUCCGGGAGAAGAUCCUCGCGUACAGGAGCCAGCCGCGCCGCAAAGAGAACCUGCUCACCUGCCUGGCCGACCUGUUCCACAGUAUAGCCAACCAGAAGAGGAAAGUUGGCGUGAUACCCCCGAAGAAGUUCAUUACGAGAUUACGUAAAGAGAAUGAACUAUUUGAUAACUACAUGCAGCAAGAUGCACACGAGUUCCUCAACUACCUGCUGAACACUAUAGCAGACCUGCUACAAGAAGAGCGCAAGCAAGACAAGCAGAAUGGCAAAUUGGCCAAUGGCACACUCGAUUCACAGAACAAUAACAGCACCCCACCCUCCUCCACCUGGGUUCAUGAGAUCUUCCAGGGCACGUUGACCAAUGAGACGCGAUGCCUCACCUGCGAGACGAUAAGCAGUAAAGAUGAGGAUUUCUUGGAUUUGUCAGUGGACGUUGAGCAGAACACUUCAAUCACACAUUGUCUCAGAGGUUUCAGUAAUACAGAGACCUUGUGCAGUGAGUAUAAAUAUUACUGUGAGGAAUGCAGAAGUAAACAAGAGGCACACAAACGAAUGCGGGUUAAGAAACUUCCCAUGAUCCUCGCCUUGCACUUGAAGAGAUUUAAAUACAUGGAGCAGCUGCAGCGCUACACUAAGCUAAGCUACCGCGUGGUCUUCCCUCUGGAGCUCCGCCUCUUUAACACCUCUGGUGAUGCCACAAAUCCUGAGAGGCUUUACGACCUGGUCGCUGUGGUGGUGCAUUGUGGCAGCGGUCCAAACCGAGGACACUACAUCGCAAUUGUAAAGAGUCAUGAUUUCUGGCUACUGUUUGAUGACGACAUCGUAGAGAAAAUUGAUGCCCAGGCGAUUGAGGAGUUCUAUGGAUUAACCUCGGAAAUUUCCAAGAACUCUGAGUCCGGGUACAUCCUGUUUUACCAGUCCAGAGACUGAGAGAGGCCAGAGCGGCGUCUCCCUACGGACACCUGUGCAGCAGGCGUGCCUGUACGCUGAACCCUGCGCAGGUUCUUACUGCAGCGGCGCCUCACAUACACCCCACCCGUCCAAGCCCACCCUCGCCGGUCUCCACGCAGCAGUAACGUUGGACGCGAUGCAGUCGCAAGGCCUUUUGAGCGUUGUUUGUCAGUUGUUUUUACGUUGUGGGAGCGUUUCAUCACUCGUGUUCAGUCCUUUACCGUGGAGAGAAUGUGUUUAAUGUAACGGACUGUAUGAUACGACCCGGAUUUGCAUUCAGCUUUCGUGCUGCAACCUUUUGAUUCCAGUGGCUGUGAGAAGGCUGAAGACUUGUGCAUGGGGAAAGCGGGUGUGUUUAUUAUAAUGGCGGGGAGGGUAUAAACGCUCCGGGUGCGGGGCAUUGCGGGUUAUGUAUUUCUACCUUGUACAGAGUGAUAUUUGUAUAAAUAUUAUGAGAAUUAUAAUAAUAUUACUGAUAUAGCCAAAAAAAGAGGAUAGAACCAGAAAAGAUGUAUAACACUAUGGUGCACUUUUGAUACAGUUUUGUAGAUGUCGGAAGGUUAAUGUAAGGGUUUGCUUGAGACGGCCUGUUGUGAAAUUAUCAUUUUCUGUUUUAAAGAAAAAGAAAUAAAAGUGUAUACACCAAGAUAGGAUGUAUGCAUGCAAGCAUGUAAAUACCAGCUAU